AAAAUAAACAUUUGUCUCUAUUUCUCUUAUAAAAAUUCAAUAAUUGAACCUCCUCUCUCUCUCUCUCUUCUCUCCCUUCUUCUUCUCCGAUUUCGACUUUGAAUCAUUUCUUCGAGAGAGGUAGCGAGAAAGGGAUCGCCUUUUCUCACUCUCUGCGGAUUCUCAAUUUUGGGCAAGAAGGCAAGAACGUAUGUUGAGAUUUCUGAUGAAAAAUCCAUUCUUUUAUUCUUUCUUGAAAUGAUCGACUUGGGAUGUGAUUCGUUGCUUUCUCUCACAUUUCGUCGAUUUUUGUAUUUAGCUUAGCCUCAAUUUGGUCUUAUGAGUUGUUCUUGGAAACCCUAGAGUCUCUGUCUCCGUCAAUUGCGGUAGAUCCCAAAUUGAUUCGUUUUAGGGUUUUCUUUGAUUCAUCAAUUGGUUGGCUUUGUUCUUGUUUCUUGGAUGCGUUUCGUUCUUAUCAAGAGUUUUUAUCGCAAUUGAGUCUUGAAGACCACAAGGAUUUGAUCACAUUGGUGCUUCUGCCUGUUUAUCUGAGUUUGAGGACAAGAACUUCUGGGGCGUUUAUAAUUUGCCAUGGCUAGUAAUGAGAAUCUACCACCCAAUGUUAUCAAGCAGCUUGCCAAGGAGCUGAAGAGUCUUGACGAAUCCCCUCCAGAUGGCAUCAAGGUUGUGGUAAAUGACGAGGAUUUCUCACAAAUAUGUGCUGAUAUUGAAGGACCAGUUGGUACUCCUUAUGAGAACGGACUUUUCCGUAUGAAGUUGGCCUUGUCACAUGAUUUUCCACAUUCGCCUCCCAAAGGCUACUUCAUGACAAAGAUUUUCCAUCCUAAUGUUGCUUCUAAUGGAGAGAUAUGUGUUAACACGCUUAAAAAAGAUUGGAACCCUAGUCUUGGAUUAAGACAUGUUCUCUCUGUUGUAAGGUGCUUAUUAAUCGAGCCAUUUCCAGAAUCUGCAUUAAAUGAACAAGCUGGCAAGAUGCUACUUGAAAACUAUGACGAGUAUGCGAGGCAUGCUAGGCUUUACACAGGUAUCCAUGCUAAACCAAAACCCAAGUUCAAGACAGGAGCAAUCUCAGAGUCAACAACCGCUCUAAAUGUUGGCCAGACGAACAACGAGACGCCUGGUGCUGCUACUGCAAUACCCUCUUCAAUGACAGACAUAAAGAGAGUAACAACGAGUGCCCAAGACCAACAACACGUAGCUAAUGUCGUUGUAGCAGCCUCUGCAAGUGUGGUCACUACGACGCAAAAAAGGGAAGCAGGUUUGGCCAAGGUUCAGGCAGAUAAGAAGAAGGUAGACGCUAGAAAGAAAAGCUUGAAGAGACUAUGAUGAUGCUAUCACUCAGUGUCUUACGCUCUUUGAACCUAAACUGUUGUUUCCUUUUUACUUGUAAGAGAUCUGUUGUUUGAGGAUUUUUCAUUUCUGGGAAAUAAUAAUGUUUGCCAAUGAAGCCGAAUGUUAAACAUUUUGGUGUUCUAAUCUACACAUGGUUUUGCUGAGUAAUCGUGGAUAAGACAAAAGACACAUCGACCUCUGGAAUAGUCGUCUGUAUCUUGCCACACAGAUUCAGAAUGUUUGAGAGAAUAUAGACAAAGAUGAUACAACAGUGAGAGAUUAC